AUAUAUAAAUACUGCUAGCAAUUUUCAUCAACCAGUCAGACAAUGCGCUAAAUAAGCUUACGUGGACUCGAGCCACCAGCACCCCAUUUUAGCUGCGCUGAACACCUGACAUAUCGGGGGCUGGCUAACUCCAUGGUUCGUGGCCGUGAUGGUGUUAGUUCGAACCUGAGCCACGGCAGUUACUGGGUGAGAUUGGUGGUGUUUUUCCUUCAACCCUAGCUAAGGAUUGGCCACAAGCUGGUAUAUUUGCCUUAAUGACUCUUGUGCAGUCGAUAGGCAAUAAGUCCAAGCCUUCUCUUUCCGCCUAUCUCAGAUUGCCUGAAGAUGACCUCAGAGACAGGUCGAAACGUCGCAGAGCGCCAGAGUCCAGUUUUAGAGCAAUACCACUUGCAAAGAGAGAGUUAGUUACACAAAUAAAAAAAAAAAAACAAUGCUGAGGUUUCUCUUACUUUUAACCUCAUCUGCACUAAAUAGAUUAUACAUAUUGGAUCUAAUCAGUGAUAAACAUAUUAUCUUGUAUAUAUGUCACUCAGAAUGAAAGGAAAAAAAAAAAAAGAUACAUAUCUAACGAGAUACUGAACACGUCAGUCUUUAUCUACACAAGUGAUAAAUGAUAUAGACCAUAACCACUUCCAAUCACGCCCCCUUUCUGUUUGGAUGACCUUAUAAAGCAAAUGUUUCUGCAACUGUCGCUCAUUUUGCAUUGGUUGUUUCAUAAGUGAACAUCUAAGACAAUGGAAAAAAUCAGUCAUCUGGAAGACUCGCAGGAGCCAAAAGUUAAGAAAUUGAAAAAAGAGACCAAAGUCUUCCAAGAUGCUGUGCACGGUACCAUUGCAAUACCCUACGCCUGUAAGGUCGUGGUGGACACCCAAGAAUUCCAGCGUUUAAGAGGUCUGAGACAGCUGGGAAUGGCUUACAUGGUGUAUCCAUCAGCGAAUCACACUCGUUUUGAGCACAGCCUCGGUGCAUGCCAUUUAGCUGGACUACUUGCUGCAAGUCUGAAGGAGAAACAACAAGAGUUGUGUCUUGACGAUAAGGACGUGUUGUGCGUGCAACUUGCUGGACUAUGCCAUGACCUUGGACAUGGGCCCCUGGGACACUUCUGGGAGCCCUUCGCUUCUAAGACGCUUCAGAAAAGAUGGAAACAUGAAGAAAUGUCUGUGCGCAUGCUUGACCACUUGUGGAAGAAGAAUGAUUUAAAGGAUUCGUUAAGGGAAUUGAACGAUGAUGAUCUGGCAUUCAUCAAGGCAAUGAUACAUCCAAAAGGAUGCCCGCUCCCAGAGAAGUAUCGGUCGAAAAAAUUUCUCUUGCAAAUCGUAGCUAAUGAAGAAACAGGGAUCGAUGUCGACAAAUGGGACUAUUUUCUACGAGACUCUUUACACUUAGGGAUAAAGGUUACAUUUGACCCUAAAAGGUUUAUCGAAUAUUCGAGGGUCAUUGAAAAGAAUGGAGAGAAGAUCAUAUGCUUCCGUGACAAGAUGUACAGGGAGGUGCUUGAGCUGUUCCAGACACGCUACGUACUCCACUGCAAGGCGUACAGACACAAAGUACUUGACUGCAUUGAUCUUAUGGUCAAUGACGCCCUUCAUGCUGAAAUCCAUUCUAAUGAAGAUUACAGAAAACCGGGGACAGCAGUAGCCGGGGACAGGUCACUGACCUGA